CCAAUUCAAAAUGUUCAAAUUCGUCAUUGUCUUUGCUGCCUGUUUGGCUUAUGCCAGCGCCGGUGUUUUGGCCCCCACUGCCUUAGCUGCUGCUCCCGCUAUUGGUUAUGCCAAUGCUCCUUUGUAUGCUGCCGGUGGUAGCAGCCAGGUCGAUGUACGUCACAACUACGACGGUACCUUGUCUUCAUACACCACUACCCCCUUCGCUUAUUCCGGUCCUUACUCAAGCCGUUAUGUAGCUGGUCCAGCUGCUUAUGCUGCCCCCACAGCUUUUGCUACUCCUGCUAAGGUUGUUGCUCCUGCCACCUAUGCCGCUGCACCAGCUCAUUUCGCUGCUCCCGCUAAAGUUGUAGCUCCCUAUGCUGCUCCUUAUGCCACUCCCUUCGCCGCCCAAUAUGCUGCUCCCUAUGCCGCUCCUUUCGCCGCCCCUUACACCACCUACGGUGCUGCCCCAGUAGCCGCUACCUAUGCUGCCCCCGCACCUGUCGUAGCAUAA